AACAAAACAUCUAUGAAACUAGAACUUGGAUUGCUGAUUUGUAAUUAUCAUUGUUUUUAAGAUCUGCUGUUGGAGACAUGCUGUGACAAAUACAAUGUGGUAGAUCAGAAGUGCAGAAACCUUGGAAUCUUUGUACCAAGGAGUUACAAUGUUUGUUGUGUGAACAAAAACUAUUCGGUAGCGGACUGAACAUUUGAAAAUGCGGCCAUGGACUGGUUCCUGGCGUUGGAUUAUGCUCAUCCUCUUUGCUUGGGGGACCUUGCUGUUUUACAUAGGUGGACAUUUGGUACGAGACAAUGAGCACCCAGAUCACUCUAGUCGAGAACUGUCAAAGAUACUUGCAAAACUUGAACGGUUAAAACAGCAAAAUGAAGAUUUAAGACGGAUGGCAGAAUCUCUCAGGAUACCAGAGGGUCCUGUUGAUCAGGGCCCUGCUGCAGGAAGAGUACAUAUUUUAGAAGAACAGCUAAUAAAGGCCAAAGAACAGAUAGAAAACUAUAAGCGGCAGACAGGAGAUGUAGGUUUAGGAAAAGACCAUGAAAUAUUGAGGAGGAGGAUUGAAAAUGGAGCCAAGGAGCUGUGGUUUUUUCUCCAGAGUGAACUGAAGAAACUAAAAAUUCUGGAAGGAAGUGAAUUCCAAAGUCAUAUUGAUGAGCUUUUGACUGACUUGGGUGAUCAUGAAAGGUCAAUAAUGACAGAUCUGUACUACCUCAGUCAAACAGACGGAGCAGGUGAUCGGCGAGAAAAAGAAGCCAAAGAUUUGACAGAGCUGGUACAGAGGAGAAUAACAUACCUUCAGAACCCCAAGGAUUGCAGCAAAGCCAAGAAACUAGUCUGUAAUAUCAACAAAGGCUGUGGUUAUGGUUGUCAACUUCAUCACGUAGUCUACUGUUUCAUGAUUGCAUAUGGUACUCAAAGGACGUUAAUUUUGGAGUCUCAAAAUUGGCGCUAUGCUACUGGAGGUUGGGAGACGGUUUUUAGACCAGUGAGUGAGACGUGCACUGACAGAUCAGGAAGUACUACUGGCCACUGGUCAGGAGAAGCAAAUGAUAAAGAUGUUCAAGUAAUAGAACUACCAAUAGUCGACAGUUUGCAUCCAAGACCUCCAUAUUUACCACUGGCUAUUCCUGAAGAUCUGGCUGAUAGACUAAUUCGUGUCCAUGGAGAUCCUGCAGUGUGGUGGGUCUCACAGUUCGUCAAAUACUUGAUUCGUCCACAGCCCUGGUUAGAAAAAGAAAUGGAAGAGGCCACAAGGAAACUUGGUUUUAAACAUCCAGUUAUUGGCAUUCAUGUCAGAAGGACAGACAAAGUGGGAACUGAAGCAGCAUUUCAUCCAAUUGAAGAAUAUAUGGUACAUGUUGAAGAACGUUUCCAACUGCUUUCCCGCCAAAUGCAUAUUGACAAAAAGCGUGUUUAUUUGGCUACAGAUGAUCCUUCUUUGUUGCAAGAGGCAAAAUCCAAAUACCCAAACUAUGAAUUUAUUAGUGACAACUCCAUAUCGUGGUCAGCAGGUCUCCAUAAUCGGUACACUGAAAAUUCUCUGCGUGGUGUUAUUCUGGAUAUACACUUUUUGUCUCAGGCAGACUUCCUGGUUUGUACAUUUUCAUCGCAGGUUUGUCGAGUUGCCUAUGAAAUCAUGCAGACACUUCACCCAGAUGCAUCAGCCUUUUUCCACUCUUUGGAUGAUAUCUAUUAUUUUGGGGGACAAAAUGCCCACAAUCAAAUUGCCAUUUAUGCUCACCAUCCCCGAACUGCUGAUGAAAUUCCUAUGGAACCUGGAGAUAUAAUUGGUGUUGCUGGAAACCAUUGGGAUGGUUACUCAAAAGGCAUCAACAGAAAAUUAGGGAAAACAGGGCUAUACCCUUCCUACAAGGUAAAGGAGAAAAUUGAGACUGUCAAGUAUCCCACAUAUCCAGAGGCUGACAAAUAAAGACACGUGGAACAGCUCUCAGCAGCUCUCACACUGAAGGGAUUUCAACCAACCGUACUAAUUGUUGGCUUUUGUGGGAUAUGAGUUUGCAUUUUAACAUGCAAUUAAAAUGGAAGCCUUUUAUCAUUCAGACUGGAUUCACAGCUUGAAACAAUUGGAUGGGCCAUUGUUUGGACUUAUUUUGUUAUAUGCACUCGCACACAUGCACACUGAUACACAUGGACCAGGGAAUCUAUUGUUUUAUACUGUUGUCUCUUUGAAGAUAUAUCCCUCCCAUGAGUCAUAUGAGCUUUGGGCUCCGUUCUUUGCCAUUAAUAGACUAUAAUGCUCAGAUACUGACUGACAAUAACACCGCUGCAUUGUGUAAUUUGAGUGACAUGAGCAUAUUUUGUAUGUGCAGAAUUUAAAACAUGGUGCCUCUCUUGGAAAGAUCCAGUGACCUUUUAGAAGAGCCAUGCCUAGUUCUAUUGAUGAUGGGCAAGAAUUGUUCUUGAUUUUAACUGAUGUUGUUAUAACCACUGAACUUGCUCCAACCAACAAUUUUUUA